AUGCCUUCGUUAGAUCCUGUAACUGCGCUCAACGCUUCGGUGCCUGCAUCUGCGAUGCCCAUCAUAUCUCCCAAUGCCCUUCUCCACGCCCACUUAAAACAAUCCCCGCCCAGACGCCCUUCAAACCGCAAUCCCCCUGAACCAAGACCUAUUCAGCUCAACGUGGGUUCUUUGACGCAUUGUAAUGGAUCCUCACUAGUCAAGAUUGGGGCGACGACAAUAGUCUGUGGCGUUCGAGCCGAGAUACUGCCUACCAGCGAGAUCCCCAGCUUUCGAGUCACCAACUCUUCAGGCAAAGAUCGCUCCGCUCCAUUGAGACGCGAGAACGAGGUGGAUGACCAUGAAGAGGAAGGAGAAUACUCGCCGAUUCAACUGCACAACUUGGUGGUUCCAAACAUCGAGUUAGGUACCGGCUGCUCGCCUAGACACUCUGCCAACACAGCGCCUUCGGUCGAAGCCCAGUCAAUAUCUCAGCGAAUAUUGUCCUUACUUCAUACCUCGCAGCUGGUCAGAACAUCGGACCUCGAGAUCAUCUAUACUCCGCCUCCAGAGUCUCAAGACCUGGAGCUCGGAAUAGACGCGGAGCCGCAGUUGAAGGCAUACUGGACGCUUUACGUUGACAUGAUGUGCAUCAGCCAUGGCGGAUCCAUCUUCGAUGCUGCUUGGUUGGCACUGGAUGCUGCCUUGCGAAACUGCCUUCUCCCCAAGGCUUGGUGGGAUGCCGACCUCGAAAAAAUCCUCUGCUCAGAGGAUGUCAAAGAAGCACGAAAACUGCGACUCAGAGGAAUGCCAGUGCCCAGCAGCUGGGGGGUGUUUGUGCCAGAAAAGAGAUUGUUGACCUUGCAUAAUGACGAAGAAAAUCAGCCCUGGAUUUUGAUGGACCCGGACGCCUUUGAAGAAGAGUCUUGCACAGAGGUGGGAUGUAUCACGGUGGAUUGUAGCGACGGUAUCAACGCGGCAUCAGUAUUGAGAAUUGAAAAGAGCGGCGGCUCAGUGGUAGGACCCGAACAGAUUGCAGAGGUGGUCGAGCUCGCCAAACGCAGAUGGGAACAGUGGAAAACUGUACUGGAUACCGCAUUGACCGUCUGA